AUGGCUAGAGGGAGCCCGGCGCCGUGGGUGCUGCCCUGGCUCUGCUUGGUGCUGGCGGUGCGCUCGGGCGAAGGGCAGGAGGAGAAAAAACCCUUCGGUGAAACGUGCCUGGAGGACUUCACGUCAGGGAUGCCGGAUUUGGUGCUGGAUACCGACGCCUCCGUCCAGAAUGGAGCCACCUUCUUGUCGUCGCCGACUGUCCGUCGGAGCAGGGACUGCGUGAGAGCCUGCUGUAAGGACCCGGCUUGUAACCUGGCUCUCGUGGAGCAGGUCCCAGGCACGGAAGAAGACCACAUCCAGGGCUGUUUCCUCCUCAACUGCCUCUACGAGCAGGCUUUCGUCUGCAGGUUUGCCAGGAAGAUCGGCUUUCUCAACUUCUUGAGGAAGGACGUGUACGAUUCCUACCUGGCAAUGCAGAAUCACGGAUCUAGUGAUGACCAUCCUCCAAUAGCCCGCACUGGCAUGGACAUGAGGGUGCAGCCAGGGGAGCCAGUGAUGCUGAGAGGCACAGAGAGCACGGAUGACCGAGGGAUAGUCAGCUAUGAAUGGAAACAGGUCCUCGGGGACCCUUCCGUGGAGAUGAAGAAGCACGAAGAAGAUCAGGUAGAAAUCUCCAACCUACAGCCGGGGACUUACGUCUUCCAGCUUACUGUCACGGACACUGCGCAACAGCAAGACUUCACCAACAUCACCAUCAUGGUCCUGAAUUCUGAGCAGACUGAAGAGCAUUGUUUGACUCCUAAGAAGGUGGGCUGGUGUCGGGGUUCUUUUCCACGUUGGUUUUACAACCCAAGCCUUCAGAAGUGUGAGGAGUUCAUUUUUGGUGGCUGCAAGCCCAACAAGAAUAACUACUUACGGGAAGAGGAGUGUAAUCUUGCCUGCAAGAAUGUUAGAGGUGCUGUCGGUGGGCGUCAACAGCCAGUGUGCAACGGGCAGUGCCAGCCCCCCUACUUCAGAUGCAAGGAUGGCUGCUGCAUUGAUGCCUAUCUGGAGUGUGACGAAACUCUCGACUGUGCCGAUGGAUCGGACGAGAUGUAUUGUGAACAAUAUGCUCGUGAGUUCAAUAGACUGCAGAAAAUCAAUGUCACACGUAAGCAAGGUCACUGUGUGGACUUGCCUGAUACUGGACAGUGCACCGAGAGCAUCCCUCGCUGGUACUAUAACCCCUUCUCGGAGAAAUGUGACCCUUUCACCUACGGGGGCUGUGAUGGCAACAACAACAACUUCCAAGAAGAGGAAGAGUGCAUGAAGUCAUGUUCAGGCAUCACAAAAGCAGAUGUCAUUGGCCGGAGAUGGGAAUCAUUUGAGUCUCAAGGUGCUGUCUUAAGUGUCUUUGAGGUGGUCAUUGCCGUGCUCCUCGGGAUCUGCAUCAUGGUGGUCCUGGUGAUCAUCGGCUACUUCUUUCUGAAGAAGAGGAAGAAGAACAGCCGACGCCGUCAGCCGGCCACUGCUACCAACUCAACCCUCUCCACCACAGAGGACACUGAGCAUCUGUUUUACAGCAGUGCCACCAAACCAGUCUGACCUACACCCUCUCUCUUUCCAGCCCAGCACUAGGGCACUCCCCAAAACUCCCAUUUUUAGUCACGGGCCUGUGCCUGAAGGACUUUUUCUCUUCAAAGACAUUUGUAGCAUCAGGCCAAGAUCUAGCCAUGAUUUGGCAGUACUAGUGCUUGUGAUUGUCUUGGCUGAAUGGCUGCUCUGGAAAGUGAAGAUCUGGGAGCUUUUUGAUGCUCUCUGA